AUGGCAUCAAAUAUCUUCUUUCUCAUUGCUCUUGUUAUCGCUUGUGCGACGAUAGUGAGUGUUCCGACAACGGAAGCUCAGAUUUUUCUUCCUUGCAAAACAACAAAAGAAUGUGAAUAUCUUCAGUGCACGAAGGGGUUGAUAGCUAAAUGUGUAAACGGGCAAUGCAAAUGUUCGAAUCCUCAAGCGAAACUCAACAACCUAAAGUUCGUAAAUCCUGGUGGAGAAUGCACGUCGACCAGUCAAUGUAAUCCUCAUAUGAGUGUUACAUGUGUGACGCACAUGUAUGCGUGUUUUGUUGGCUUGUGUACUUGCCUCCCUUAA